AGGUACACGCAAGCACCCACACAGCCACACAGACGCGCAACAACAGCUAGAAGGUAGAGUGAUGGCCUCGUUGGAGCGUGACUUUGUGCUGGGCUUCUUCUGCGAGCUGCGCCUCAUCACCUCCCUCUUCAGCACGCAGCUAACGAAAGUCACCCUUCGCAAAACCGCCGACGAGGAGGGCACCGCCACCGUCGCACGCGCCGAAGUCUUUGGCACGGAGUUGCUCCCUGGCGUGCCGGUGCAACUGCCGCCCGGUCGGUCCCUCAGCAUCUUCACCUCGACAGGGUGCACCCUGACUGUCCUGGCACCGCCCAGCGUGCUGCAGCGGUGCUACGCCACCGCGCUCGGCACGACGUGGGUGCGCUCGCUGCUGGACCUCCACUCCCACCUGGAGCGGGCGCGGGUGGAAGCGCGCAGCCGCGUCGACGUCGGGCCGCGCGUGCUCUUCGUCAGCGAUCGCCACCACUGCGGCCUCAGCACGUACGUCCGCUGGCUUGCGAACUUUGCGGUGCGUCUCGGCUAUCACCCGCUACUGGUGGACGGGGUGCUGGAUAGCCCUGCCUUCACGUACCCCGGGUGCAUCGGACUGUACAACCUGCAGUACUGCACCGACGUGGAGGAGGAGAUGAACUUCACGCCGGCAUUGCACGUGCUGGUGGGGCAGACCCGCAGCAGCAACCCGCGUCUCUACCUGCACUGGCUGCAGCAGCUGCUCCCGCGCGGGUUGGAGAAGAUGGCGCGUGGUGAGCGCUGCCGGGUUGGUGGCCUCUUCUUCGACUACGGUGUGGUGGACCCGAAUGUGGUGGCACAGGCCGAGGAGGCAGCGGGUGCGGGGGGAGACCCAGCCUCCCUCUCGUCUUCCCCCGCUGGUGCCGGGGGGACUUCCCCUGGCAGUGACCGGACGCAAGUCAACCCCCUCGAUACGCUGCUGGACACCGUCGUUGCGGCGGACAUCGACCACGUCUGCGUCGUGGGCAGCGCCUGGCUGCGGUGGAAGCUCGUCCAGCGUGCGUGGGAGCGCUACGGCGGGGAGGGGACGAUGGAUAUUGUGCAGGCGAUGCUCGACCCUCGCUGGUCCGUGCCGCCCGAGGUGAGCUGCGGGGGCGGGCAGCACUUCCGGCUCUUUCUGAUGGACGCGGUGGAGCUCGUGCGACAGAUCCCGCUGCCCCUCGUGAAGCGGCAGCGGUGGCUGCAGUACUUCUUCGGGACCCCGUCCUCGCCGGUGAAGCCGACGCUGGUGACGCUGGAGGCCUCGGAGGUGCGGGUGGCGACGGUCGGUGCGGCCGCCCUCGACGCCAUGUCCACCCUCCUGCCCAUGAUGGACUCCGAGGAGGCGGGCCGGCAGAAGACGGACACCGCCGCCGUCUCCUUCGUCACGCUGAAGGACGUGAACUUGAAGGACCGCCUCCUCGCCGUGAGCACCGCCACCGAGUACGAGCGCAGCGCGGACGGUGAAUUGCAUCGGCUGCCGUACAGCGCGUUCGAGCGGGCGAUUCGACAGAGCGCCGUGAUGGGCUUUGUGUUGGUGGAGUCGUCGUCCGCUGACCGGCUGACGUUGCUGGUGAAUGGGUGCGCGCUGGACAAGGACCUUGGCCUGUGCUUUCUGCUGACCGAAGAGUACUUGAAGAGUUGA